AUGGCCUUCUCGGCACUUCUUUCUCUAUCCGCCUCGCCCUGCCUUUUCGUAUCGUGCCGUUCGCCCUCCAUUCGGACAGCCUCCUGCUCGUUAUUUUGGCUUGCCGAUAUGCAUCCAAAGUUCCACGCUAGCUCCUCCUUCGUCACGUCUAUCUUUUUGCAGUAUCUCGCGAAUGCCGUCCGCGCUUGCUGGGGUGUUAUUGCGUUCGGAUCCGCCCUGGUCCCCGCCCUGUAUCCCAUCUCCUUGCGGUGGCUCCUGCCAAUCGAAGUUACAGCGCGCCACGACGCUGUCAAAGUCGUCCCCGCUCUCGUCGUCACUUCCAUCCAGCUGCCAAAUUCCGAGGGGCGGCCGCAAAUUUUGGUUUUUGCGUUUUUCGGUUUUUGA